AUGGCUUCAGCAAUCGUCGGCACGCCUAUCGUACAGCCUGGAGUAAGGCAAACAUGGUCUAAUGAGACGGUUCUGUCGCCUAGCACGCUGCCGGCUUUCUUUUCGGGCUGGUCAACAUGGCAGUACAUCGUCACUUUCCUUCUUGGCGUCGUCGUGUACGAUCAGGUGAUGUAUCUCAAGAGGAAAGGCUCAAUUGCUGGACCUGCGUACAAGAUCCCCCUCAUGGGACCCUUCAUCCAGGCUUUACACCCCAAAUUCGAGGAGUACCUUGCCCAAUGGGCGAGCGGUCCCCUCAGCUGCGUGUCAGUCUUCCACAAGUUCGUUGUUCUUGCUUCUGAUCGCGACAUCGCCCACAAAGUCUUCAAGUCUCCAGCCUACGCCGAGCCAUGUAUCGUCCCCAUCGCCAAAGAUAUCCUCGGCCACAAAGCCUGGGUCUUUCUUCAGGGCAAAGAGCAUGCCGAGUACCGGAGAGGCCUGAUGCCCCUGUUCACCAACAAGGCAAUGGCAACAUACCUCCCAGUUCACGAGAAGGUGCUGGGCGAGUACUUUGACAAGUUCGUUGCCGCAAGCGAGGCAAACAACGGAAAUCCCAUGGCUUACAUGGCUCUCUUCCGCGAGAUCAAUUGCGCGCUCUCGUGCCGUACCUUCUUCGGCGACUACAUUUCUCAAGACGCCGUCAAGAAGAUUGCCGACGACUUCUACCUCGUCACCGCAGCACUCGAGCUUGUCAACGUUCCUCUCUCUAUGUACAUUCCCGGAACAAAAGUCUGGCUCGGAAAGCGCGUGGCUGACCAGGUCCACGCUGAGUUUGCAAAGUGCGCGGCCGCGUGUAAAGCCAACAUGGCCAAGGGCGCGACUCCGGCAUCCAUUGUUGACCACUGGGUUCUGCACAUGAUGGAGUCCAAUAAGUAUCGCGAGAAGGUUGCUGCUGGCGACACCGAUGCUGUGAGACCUUCAAACAUGAUCAGGGAAUUCACCAAUGAGGAAAUCUCAGAGACGCUCUUCACCUUCCUCUUCGCAUCCCAGGAUGCGUCUAGCAGUGCUACGACAUGGCUCUUCCAAGUCCUGGCGCAAAGACCAGACGUUGUUGAGCGCCUUCGCGAAGAGAACCUAGCCGCAAGGGGUGGCGACAGCACCAAGCCCUUUGACCUCCCCAUGCUGGAAUCGCUCACCUUCACCAACGCCGUCAUCAAGGAGCUCCUCCGUCUCCGGCCACCCGUCAUCUUCGUUCCCUAUCUUGCAACCAAGAACUUCCCUGUUACGCCGAAGUAUACCGUCCCCAAGGGAUCCAUGAUCAUUCCGUCAUGCUACCCAGCCCUCCACGACCCCAAUGUCUACCCGAACCCCGAGUUUUUCGACCCUGACCGAUGGAUCACUGGAGACGCCGAGUCCAAGACCAAGAACUGGCUCGUGUUCGGUGCUGGACCACAUGAUUGCCUUGCGAGGAGGUAUGUGCCACUGACGAUGGCUGCCAUGAUUGGCAAGGCGGCGUUGGAGAUUGAUUGGAAGCAUCAUGCCACGGAGAAGUCGGAGGAGAUUAGGGUGUUUGCUACAUUAUUUCCAAUGGAUGAGUGCCAGUUGAGCUUUACCAAGCGACAGUGA